CCGACUCGUGGGACGACUGGGCAACCUGAAAGGAGGCGGGUUUGGUACAUGGCACGAAGGCGCCAGUCUGUCCACAUUGAUCUAGACGCCGUCCGGGAUCAGCUGCAGAACCAAGCGCAUCAGCAGCAGCUCCAGCAACAGCAGCAGCAGCAGCAACAACAACAGCAGCAGCUCCACGAGGACCAGGCGAGCACCUCUCCUCGGCUUGGCAGGCAGUCCUCGAGGCGGGCGACCAGCACGGCAAUUGACAUUGUCUCUUCGUCGCCGCUGCAGGAGCUCCAGCUUUCUGAGGAAGAGGAGGAAGACGAAGAGGACGCAAAGAAGAGGAGGACGACUGCAUCAAACAGAUUCCUCCCCUUUUCUCUCUGGUCGACAUCUCCUUCGCCCUCGUCUGCGACAGCGACAGCGACGAGCGACAGGCUAGGCGCUUCGCUUCUCAAGAGCCCAUACGGCGACAGAAGGGUGCCCAAGCUGGCUGCAAGCGGCUGGACCGGCAACGGCGUCACCAGCGGAGGAGGUGGUGGUGCCGGUGGAGGAAAGAAGUCUCGAAGGACCGACAGCGUUGCGCUCAGUGAGGCCGAGGACGGCGUCUUCCUUCGUGAUCCCACCGUCGGUCGAUCGAGAGUAGGAGCACCAGGACCCUCACUGGCUAGUCCGGUCGGUGCACCUGCGUUUGCGAGGAGGCAGUUCAGCAUGGCAGCCCUCGCCAGGACAUGGUCCUCGAACCGGAGGCUGCUCCUCAUCGUAGCCGGCCUCAUUCUCGUCAGCCUCGCCAUCUUUGGCCCAGGUGAUCGGAGGAGAGAUGUAGUGGGGUACAUGGGCAACAAAGCCAACAAGGCCUGGGGCUCGGCAGAAGGAUACUGGGACGAUGCGUUCAAGGCUGCCCACCCCGAGGCAGGACUCAAUGCUCCCGCUGUGGACGCACCCCAGCAAGCCACAUCAACGAUUGUAUUGCCACCUAUGGAGCCGCAGAGAGGCUCGAACGAAAGGCCGACCAAUCACCUUGGCAUGGCCGGGCCGUCGUUGCUCUCUUCGGUUCGAGAGAAGCCAGAAAUGCAUGCGGACCGGGCGAAGACGACGAGAUGCGACUCCAACGAGGGACGUUUCUCCGAUUGGCGUGGACAGAAGCGCCCCGAGGUGCAGUAUGCCAUCAUGAUUGAUGCUGGAAGCACGGGAAGCAGGGUGCACGUCUACAAGUUCAACUUUUGCUCCUCUUCGCCCGAGCUAGAGGACGAGGUGUUCCAGAUGAUCAAGGGCGGCCUGUCCGAGUACAGGGCAGACGCAAAGGGAGCUGCGGACUCGCUCAGGCCGCUACUCAAAACUGCCCUAGAAGCUGUCCCGAAGCACCUGCAGCGAUGCACACCCAUCUCGGUCAAGGCCACGGCCGGGCUGCGACUGCUGGGCCCGGAGAUGAGCAAGCGGAUCCUCGACUCGGUGAGGGAGAUGCUCGUGCGCGAGUACCCCUUCCCCAUCGCAGAUGGUCGCGACCCAACAGUCAGCCCGCGCGGCAUCGAGAUCAUGGAGGGCCGCGACGAGGGCGUGUUUGCGUGGAUCACUGUCAACUACCUCCUCGACCGCAUCGGGAGCAGCAACAGCGGCAAUCUGGCCCUCGACGAUGUCCAGCCAAAGACGGCAGCGGUCCUCGACCUCGGUGGCGCUUCGACGCAGAUCGUCUUUGAGCCGGUCCAGCAGAGCGGCGAGCAGGGCAUGCACCCUGGCGAGCACGUCUACGAGCUCAAGGACUUUGGAGGGAAGACAUACACGCUCUAUCAGAACUCCUAUCUGGGCUACGGCCUGAUGCAGGCGCGCAAGUCGAUCAACUCGCUAGCCACUUUCACGUACUCGCUUGCCCACCCCGACCAGGUGCGGCUGGGCGAGGCGCCGACGGCUCCAUGGCUCGCAACGGGCGGCGUCAAGAUUCCCAACCCAUGCUUUGAAGAGGGCAAGGAAAAGACGGUCAAGGUCAAGGUCCCAAACGAGGCCGAGGAAAAGGAGGUGAAGGUCAUCGGCACCUCUGGCGGCUUUGACGCAUGCAGGAGAUUGGUCGAAGUCACGAUGGACAAGGAUGCUGUCUGCACGCGACCGCCAUGUUCGUUUGCGGGCGUGUAUCAGCCCUCGCUGAUGAAGGCCUUUGCCGCGAGCCCCAUCAUUGCCCUCUCUUACUUCUAUGACCGGCUGGAGCCGCUGGGCCUGAAUGCGUCUUUCAGCAUCGCCCAGCUCGAGACGCUGGCGAGAAACGUCUGCUCGCCUAGAUCGACGUGGUCGAAGCUGUUUGACGACCGCGCCAUGGCCGAGCUCGACGAUCGGCCAGAGACGUGCCUCGACCUGACGUUCCAGCUUAGCUUGCUCAAGCUUGGCUACGAGCUCGACGACCAGCGCCAGAUCACGGUCGCCAAGAAGCUCGGCGGCAACGAGCUGGGAUGGUGCCUCGGCGCACAGCUCCAGGUCCUGGAGGAAGGAGUCCUUUGCAAGGCAUAAAGUCAUAUUCUCUCCUUCGAGAUACGGUAGAUCUGUGAGGAGAAGACAGAGAGAGAGAAAGCGCUUGCUGCAAAUGGAACAUCAUCUAUCUGCAUGAUUUCAGUCGUCAAAUUUCGCAUUUUUGGAGGUUGAGGAAUGGUUCGGAUCCUUUUUGUACAAUGAUUGGGAGUGCGUGAAAAAGAGGGAAAGAAA